CUAACUCUACAGGAGCCAGGCUAAGUCUUCCGUAGGCUCUCUCCAGUACCUCUAACAGCCUCCAGGUAAGCGCCCCACAGAAGCACCAAUCAGCCGAGCAGUGUCGCCCCAGGCCUGUAGGAGCCUUAGCGGGGACAGCUUUAGUAACCAGACCUAUACCGGAAGAAAAGGAAGCCAGAGCCUGCGGCGAACCGGCUAGAGGGACCCCCAUCGGAGGCCAGGCAAGGGUGAGAAGGAAGACCGUCUCUCCGCCUCGAAAUUCACCCUGUCCCGCCCCGGGGUCGCGCCUUCCACCACCCAACCGUCCCAGGUUCCGGCGCAGCCUUCCCUCCCAGGUUCACGCGCCCACCCUGGAGAUUUAGCUCCCAGCCCGGAGUCUCCGUCCAGGGACACGCCUCUCCGCCGGCCCCGCCCAGGACCCGGGUACACGCCCCUCGACCCGCGCUCCGGCUGGCCACCCCGAAGCGCUGCCUCCCCUGGACGUUCUCUCGCUCUCACCCAUCCCUGGUUCUCCUUUCCUGCCCCCAUCCCCGCCCUCUUUGCCUCCGCUCUCCAGACCUCUACCGCAAGCCCCAGCGACCCCCUCUCCCCCCACACUGCCCUCCAGUCCUGACCCCCGAUGUUCCCCUUCCCCGAUGUUCGCCUUCGUCUCUGUGGCAAGCGUUCCAGUCUUUCACCCCAGCCCUCUUCAUCUGGUCCCCUGCUCCCCUCGCCCCCAACAUUACUCCCACCCAUGCUCCGUGAGGCCCCCCCAAACUUUCCCCAAGCUGACCCUCACACCCUGAUUUCCCUCCCACCGAUCCACCUACCCCGCGCCCUUUAAGGCUCCCGUCCAAGGCUCUCCCGGUUCUGCCUCCCUCCGGCACCACCCCAUCCCGACCUCCCACCUCCUGAGGGUCUGUGGGCCAGGCACCCCCACCCUCGCCUCCUCCCUCGGGUAUCACCUUCCUCAUUUUCUUUCCGUCCCUGGCGCUCCCCCCGCCCCACCGCGUCCUUCAUCUCCACCACCGCACCCCGCGAAGCUACCCCCCACCCUCUCACUCUCCCCCUGAGAAUCCCCCCAUCUCCCCAUCAGCCUCUACCUCAUCCCGUCUCCCAGCUCACCCUUGCCUCCCGGUCUCUCCCAGCCCCGCGGCCCUCGUGCCCCACCCCCUCGCCCAUCCCUUCAUCGCACCCCCCGCCCUUCAGUCCUCCCGGAUCCCCCCUCGCUGCUCCCCCGCCCCGUCCGGCCCGCCGCGCUCCCGCCCUGGUCCGGCCUGGCUCCGGGCUGCGCGCUCCGGCCCGGGUGCGCGCCAUGGGCAGCGGCAGCAGCCGGAGCGGCCGGAUCCCGAGGCGGCGGCGCAGCCCCGACCGGCGCCAGGCGGGCCCGGGAGAGACGGUCUCGGAGGGCGGCACGGCUGAGCAGGCCGGGGCGGCAGCGGCGCCGGAGGAGACCCGCCGUGACCCCCGCCCCGCGACGCCCCCCGGCGGCCGAGAGGAGACCCUGCGCCUGCUGGACCAGUUGCUGGCUGAGUCGGAGGCCUGGGGGGCCCAGGAGCCAACCCCGCGGAGCCCCGCCCGGCUCCCGCCCGCGGUGUCCCCUGAAAACAAGAUUAAGGACAACCCUGAAGACCACUGUGCCUCUGAAGGCUCAGACAGCAGCCACAAGAGACCCGAGGCCAUCUCCUAUGAUUACUCCGAAGAGGAGCUGAUGGCGAGCAUCGAGCAGGAGUACUGCCGCUGAGCUGAGCAGCCCUGGCCACCACUGACCAGGCCUUGCAGGCCUGUGAGCUGGGCUAGAGUCAAAGGGCAGCUUUCCCGACCUAUGACCCAGCCAGAGGGGAAUUGCUUCUAGAAUACAGCUAUCUUUCCAAACUGAUUUUUUUAAGAUUCACAGCCAGAGUCCUGCCGCUGGCCCGGCAGACCAAGACUAAGGGCAAGCAGGUACCAGGCAGGCCGCAGGAGUGUGGGCGCCUCCUCUCACUCUGAGAGGGAGCCUGGCUGGGCGGUUCCACCGAAUUCUGAACCUCCUGUCCUUUCUACUUACUCAUAUUUCAGGUGGGGAAGGGUCAACCCCUCUUGGCAUCUGUGCCAUCGCCUUCUAGAAGGUUUCACCAAGUUAUGUUCUUAGUCUCCACACUAAGACUUCUCCAGAGGGACGCACUUAACUCCAUAUAUGUCAGUUUCCACGUGCACACAAAGGGCCCGAGUGUAUGGAUGGCAGGCAGAUCCUGAGCGUGCAGGACUAGGCGAGUCCCGAGACUGCAUUUCUAACAGCAAGGAGCUGCAGCUGACAGGACUCAGGGCCUGAGUUUCGGACUUUCCCUUGGCUUCUCUCUUCCUCAUGCUGAAGGCUCCUCCACACCACAGCACAGCAGCCUCCCCUGCUUGGAUGUAGGAGGAAGAGAGAGGGCCACAGACUUCUGUGGCAUCGCAGGAUCACAUUAGCUUGUUCUCACUUUCCUCUUUGGGCCCGUUUCUCUCUGGGGGAGAAUCCCAGAGGUUCUCUGUGACCUUUCAAGCCCUGUCAGUCUGGCAGCGCUAUCUUCUAGUCCUGCCAUCUCCCAGCUGCCAUUGCGCUUUACCCAUCCUACACUGGAGCAGAGAGCAAGCCCACACCUGGACAGGGUUUCAUGGCAACUGCUCUCGUUUCCCUUUUGGUUGGCAGGCUGCCUGAUGCCAUGACCCUCUUUUCCUCCUCUCUGCUUGGGUGGAAGGCAGUCAUAAUAAUGAUGCCAAACUUCAAACAUUCCCAGUCAACCAACUGGGAAAUAGAGAGAGCCUGUGAGGAGGAGGGAAGGCCUGUGAGGGUCCUGUAGGGCCUGGGUCUUGCUCAUCACCCAAACAGCUGGCAGAAAGGGUUCACAGAUCUCUGAGUGGCACAAGCCUGCAUCUCAGCAAACAUCAGACCAAUUCUACAGGGUUAUCGAAGAGCUUAAGGCCUGGCCUGUGUAGUGAGAGUCUGUGUCUGAAAAGGGAAUGAGGAAAUGGCGGCAGCUUUUGCUGAGGUCAGAGGUCUCAGCUUAUGCUGCAUCCCUGCCACCCGACCAAGACAGAGGCCUCCCCCAGCACCCUCCCUCACCUGAGAACAGCCGCCAGCCCACGAGUCCUCAGAGCACAACCAGGAGAAUCUCGGGAACCAAGGAGGAAGGGUCCCUGGGACCAUCCCCACAUCCACAGUCCUUUGCUGUCACCUGCGAAUGAUUCCAUGAACUCGUAUGACUCGACAAGCGUGCCUGUGCGUUCGCAGCUGGGAGACUUGUUACAUUCAGAGCCCACAGCCACGGGGUGUCUACCAACCAGCUGAGCGCUGGGCCAAAACCUCCGGAGCUGGCGACUGUCUCACCGAAGCUCAAAGCACUGCUUUUGAUAGGAAAAUGAAAGCUGUUUCUAUUUUAAUAACACAAAUAUUGCAAAUGCUUAUUUUAAAAGAGGUUAAAAAUGUUAUGUUUUUACCCAAGGAUGGAUGAGGCUUUGAAUUUGAUGGUGUAAAUGUU